AUGAAACUCGAUGCCAAAGCAUUACGGUACAUGAGCUCGGAAGAGUUCCGUGUGUUAACAGCUGUCGAAAUGGGUUCCAAAAACCACGAGGUGGUCCCCAUGACGCUCAUUGCACAGAUCGCUCAACUUCGACACGGUGGUAGUCAUAAGCUCGUGGGUGAUCUCGCCAAGAACAAGCUUAUUGCCCGAGUACAACAUGCCAAAUAUGAUGGUUAUCGUUUGACGUAUGGUGGUUAUGACUAUUUGGCACUCAAGACUUUUGCAAAGCGAGGAUCUGUUUAUUCAGUGGGCAAUCAAAUUGGUGUUGGAAAAGAAUCAGAUAUUUACAUUGUUGCCAACGAGGAUGAAACCCAAUGUGUAUUGAAACUUCAACGUCUUGGUCGUGUAUCGUUCCGUACUAUCAAGUCAAAGCGUGAUUAUCUUCAAAAGCGAAAGUCAGCAUCGUGGAUGUACAUGUCUCGUUUGGCAGCAAUGAAAGAAUUUGCAUUUAUGAAAGUAUUGCAUGAGAAUGGAUUCCCGGUCCCAACACCCAUUGAUAUCAGCCGGCAUUGCGUUGUGAUGGAAUUGAUUGAUGCUUUUCCUCUGCGGCAGAUUGAACAAGUUGCCGAUCCCGGCAAGCUUUACUCAGAGUUGAUGGAGCUUAUUGUACGUUUGGCGCAAUAUGGUCUUAUCCACGGUGAUUUCAACGAAUUCAAUAUCCUGAUCAAGCCCAAUGGUGACCCCAUUUUGAUUGAUUUCCCACAAAUGGUAUCCACAUCUCAUCCAAAUGCUGAAUACUAUUUCAACCGUGAUGUGGAGUGUAUUCGAGUCUUUUUCCAACGCCGAUUCGGCUAUGAAAGUGUGCUUUAUCCCAAAUUCAAGCUUGAUGUCAACCGAGAAUUUGAUUUGGACGUCCAGGUGGCGGCAAGUGGAUUCAACAAAAAGAUGCAAGAUGAAUUGGAAGCUUAUCAAGAGGAAAUCAAGGAUCAGGAUGAGGAUGAUGACGAAGAAUCACAAGGUGUUGACGAUGAUGAUGAUGUUUCUCAAGACGACGCUGAAGAUGAUGAUGAAGAAGAAAAAGAACAACAGGGCAUGCCAACCAAUAUACCCUUGAACCCAAAGACAGAAGAGGAAGCUGUGGAGGCUCGUCUCCUUAAUCUUCGACUGGGAAAUACAGAGCCAAUUGACCAAGAAGAAUCAAGCGAAGAAGAGAGUGACCAAGAAGAGGAUGGUGAGGAUGAUGAGGAGGAACCUAUGCAACUUAACAACCGAGACUUCAAGGCAUAUCGUGAUGUGAAGAAACCAGCAUCAUCAACGCCUUCACGGGGGAAGCAACCUCUCAGCGAGGAAUCCAUCAAAGAGCGCGUACAACGAUCCUUGAAGAGCAAGAACAACCGAGAAAACUACCGACAAGCUGUAAGACGCAAUCAAACCAAAGGAAGAACAAAGCGUAGAAACAAUGAUGUUAUUAAAUCUGCGAGCAAGGGAACUGGAGGCAUCUUUGAUUAG